AUGCGUUUCGUCCCGGGCCUACCUAUUGGACUCGUCAGUAAGGCUUAGGUAGGCCCUGCCUUAGACGCCGGUUACGGAACAUAGGUUGAAAGUUCUAUUUGAAUCGAAACGCCACAGAUGUUAUGCGAUGAGAUAUAGCUGGCGUUUCGGUUGGAGCUGCUAAUUGAGAAGUGGCGGAUAGAGUUCGCCACAAAACAUAUUACUUUACUUUCGAAGGUUUUUAGGCGAUUAGAUUUAAGAAUAAUUAUGUCAAAUUCUACAGUGAUGAAAGAUCUGUAAAAUCAAAAUUCCCAGAUGGUCCCUUAAAAUCCCUAGUUUUCCCUAGACAUUCAAAGAAAAAUGAUAAGUGGGACAAAAAAUAUUAUGGUAAACGGUAUAUUACAUUUAAAAAAUAUUAAAAAAUGGAACUCGUAAUUUCGCUUCAAUUUGUAAUCUUCUCGUAAUUGAUAUUUCUUAAAACAAAUUGGGGUUCCUCUCUGCUUGUUGCCUUUCUGUAGUCAGAUGUUUUAAUAUUUUCUCCCAAAAUUAAUUUUUGUGCAAUAAUCGAACAAUUUUGAAAAUCCCUAGAUAAUUAUAACAAAUGACUAAUUGAGAAAAAGCCCUAGUAUGGCAUCACUGUCUACAGUUCAUUAGUUUAGGUUUUGCGUCAAAAUCGUAUCGGCUCGGAACAUUCCAGGUUAUCCCGCUAGAUGUAGGCACAGUAUACAAUUAAACCAGCUGAGCAGCCAGUGUCUUGAUACUCAAUGUGACGUACUACAACGUAAAUUAGCCAUACAAACAAAUUUUUUUUGUAUCCAGAUAUUCGUUUAUAAAGUAAAGCAGAUACUUGACAACUAAAGGGUAUUAAAAUGGUGAAGUGCUGGGCUCCAGACUGCAAGCAUUAUAACAUCCGGGAACGGUGUCGAUUUUUUUCAUUCCCGAAGGAACCUAAAAAAAGAAAUAAAUGGAUACGUUUACUGAGAAGAAACGGUACACCCGGUCCAGGCGCAUACGUUUGCAGUUGCCACUUUCGCGAUGGCAUUAAAGCGAAUUGCCCGGAAAUAUUUGCCCACAAUGAGGCUAAGAGAGCACUUUUUCAAAUUCCACCACCGGAGAUCCGAACAAGGACACCCAAGAUGGUAAUGUGCUGGGCGUUCGAGUGUCGUCACUACAAUGCCAGGGAAAAAUGCAGAUUCUUUAGAUUUCCGAAGGAUCCAGCGCUAAGAAAAACAUGGAUGUCACUAGUAAGGCGUGAUGAGGAACCUGGAACAGGUUGCUACUUGUGUUCGUGUCAUUUUCCGAAUGGAAAAAAGGAAAAUUUGCCACUGCUUGCACUGCACGAUGAACGAAAAUUCUACCCCAAUUUUCCAGCAGACGAUCAUAGUUAUUAUGCCUUGGAACCAUCAGCCUUAGAGCCAGCUGGACAAAACCCCACGCAAAAAGACGAUUAUGGCAAAAUGGUCAUGUGCCGAGUGCUCAAUUGUAAGCACUACAAUCAAACGGAUUCCUGCUCAUUUUUCAAAUUUCCCAAAGACCCAAAGCUAAGAAGAAAAUGGAAGCAACUGUUAAAGCAUAACGUUGAACCUGGACGAGGCGAUUUCUUGUGUUCCUGCCAUUUUCCCGAUGGAAAGAAGGAAAAAAUGCCACUCCUGAUAAAAUUCUGCAAAGAAAAACACCAGAGGCUAAAAUCAAAGACACGCACAGAUGCCAGGACCUGCACAAUUACGUCUGGAGGUAGUGAAUAAGCCAAAAUAAAACACAUGUAAAAGCCAUGUGCUCAACAAAACAUUGCAAAAGAAAAAACACGUUGACCUGAAUAAAUGGAAAAUCACACUCAAUUUUCAGUGCAAUUUGGAGUUUGUAAAGAUGACAUGAUCGCAAAACUGUUGUGUUUUUUAAUCAAUUAAAUAACUAUUUUAACGG